CAAAAAUAGAAUAAAAAUAAACUUUUAAACAACUACUCAUGAUCCACUUGAAAAAUCUUCCCUGAACUUGGUCCAUCAGAAGUGCCAUAUGUUAGCAGUGACAUAUCUACUAAAUGUCAGUAACUUUUCUUUCAGUUUUCAUACCUAGCUUUAUCUUGGUGCUGCAACCACCCGAAAUAAAUAUAUAUGUUAUGUGUAUGCUCGGCCACGAAUCCCAUGUGAUUGACUACCUGUGACUGUUCUAUAUGGUCAACUACAACCAAAACACAUACAAAGUUCAAAGAAAUACAUGUUUGUGAGGUUAUGCUUAGUAAGUUCAAGUAUUAGUACCAAGCUCUGUUUCCAUAGCAACACGGAUGCUGAUGGAUCUUCGAGUAAAAAUAACAGGUAAAUAAUUAUUAAUCAAUUAACACGACCCAUGUAAUGUAUAAAAACCUUAGGAAUAAUUUAUAAUACCUAAAAGCUACACUUAUUUCAUAAAUUAGGCGUGUUUAAUCAUUAAACACGCACCGUGUCAAUUAACCUAUUUAAUUGAUUGUAACCGAAAGGACUAUUGAAACAAUCGAAUUCGACAAACUUUUCCCAUGGAGGAUUUUCUUUUUAUUUGUAGGUUAAACGCUAGAAUGAGUGCAUAUUAUUAGCUAUUUAUGUUUUCUGGUAUGAGAAACGUGAAAAUUUUUGUCUUUUCUUAUCAAGUUUUGAUCGCUAACAAAGUUUUUUCGGAGUUGAAAACGAAAGUGAGAGCUCAGAAAUCCUUACGAUCUUUACGAUAUACACUUUCUUUGACAGGCGAAUAUCGGUAGACGUCAUUUCAUAAAGUCUUCUUUGAUAAAGAGUGGUGUGAAACAGUGUAUUGGAAAAUGUAAACUUAAAGCAAUUUGUUGUGAUUAAAGUGCGUUUUCUUGGCUUAUAAAGCCAUGGCAACAAAAGUGAUUUAUUUCACAGUGGAUGGGAGCCCAGAACAAGCGGAAUUUAGGAGCGACGACCCGGCAGACGACGUAAAAGAGACGUUCAGAUCUGCAGCGGAAGCAGGACCAAAUGAUAUUCUCAAACUGUAUAAUGCCAAGGGCAAUCUCAUUAACAUUUCACCUCGUAUACCUGACAAUACUCCAGAAGCUCGCUACCGGUUACACGUUGUCGCUGCGCAAUGUCCUGCAGAACAACUAGGAUUUGAUGUUGGUGCAAUAGAAAAAAGACUUCAAGCAUUAGAGAAACGGGUAUUUAUCGAAAAUGGUGAUCUUCCUACAAGUGUAUGUGAUAUUAAGUCCCGAGUGGCCGAGUUCAAAAACAAACUACAGAGUGUUGAGCACCUAAGUUGGCUGGGACUGUUCAAGGACAUUAGUUCAGGUACCUCACUACAACCUUUCUGGGACAAGAAAGCUUUACAGCGUAACACAGAUCAUGAUCGGAACAUAUAUGAAAAAUAUAUACGUAUGAGUCAAGUUCAAAUCACAGAUGAGGUACGUCAAUAUUUACGGAAGCCCACUUUCGACAACUGGCAGUGGGACGAACCAGAAAUGCUUGUACUGUUACAGCAAAUGUACAUUGAUCUCGGAUUUCUCACAAAGUUUAACAUUGAGUUACCUGUGUUACAGAACUGGCUGUUUGAAAUCUACAGAAAUUACAAUCCAGUGCCUUUUCACAACUUUAAACACUGUUUUAUGGUUGCACAAAUGAUGUAUGGUUUAACUUGGUUGAUAGACUUACCAUCAUUGGUUGAUGAUAUAGAUGUACUCAUACUUCUGACCUCUGCAAUAUGCCAUGACCUAGGACAUCCAGGAUAUAACAAUGCAUAUCAAAUAAAUGCAAAAACAGAACUAGCAUUACGGUACAAUGAUAUUUCUCCAUUAGAGAACCAUCAUUGUUCUGUUGCAUUUGAGAUUUUAGAGAAACGGCACUGCAAUAUACUGGCCAAUCUCACCAAGGAUCAGUACAGACGGGUACGAGAGGGUAUGAUCAAAUGUAUUUUAGCAACAGAUAUGGCCAAACACAAUGAGAUUGUAAAUAAUUUCAAAGCAAUAUUGGAACAAUUUGACUUCAGUAAUACAGAACAUAAAUAUCUGCUAAUGAUGAUACUUAUGAAAGUAUCCGACAUCUCAAAUGAAGCAAGACCAAUGAACGUAGCCACACCCUGGUUAGACUGUCUUCUGCAGGAAUUUUUUAACCAGUUACUGAUGAUCUUAUUAAAAACUGCCGACAUUUCUAACGAGGUACGGCCCCUGGAGGUCGCUGAACCCUGGAUCGAGCGUCUGUUAGAAGAGUUCUUCAUACAGAGUGACAUAGAGAAACUUGAAGGACUGCCAGUAGCUCCAUUCAUGGAUAGAGAGAAGGUGACAAAGUCUUCAUCACAGAUUGGCUUCAUCAAAUAUGUACUGCUGCCCUUGUUUGAGGCCCUAGGGACACUGCUUCCAGUCAUAGAGAAGGAUAUCAUUGAGCCGGUGAGAAAUGCACUUGACUAUUAUACUCAGAUGCAAAAAGCAUUAGAGGAGGAAAAGGAGAAAAAUUCAGCCAAUGAAAAAUCAAAACAAAAUGGACUGACCAAUAAAAUGAAUGGAGACAUCAAAGUAUGACCUUAGGCCUCUAGUAGGAUUUUCAUCCAAUCAUCAAAGACGUUGCAUCAAUCUAAAUUUCGUUGACAGCCAAUCAUAGACAAGAAGAUAGAGAUUUGUAUUUAAAUUUGUUUUAUAUUCUCAUAUUAUACCCAGAGAUACCUCCCUGAAGGUUGCAGAGACAACAGUUGUGUAAAAUGUAAUAAACUGAUGCUUUAUAUCAGAAACAACAUACAAGGCUUAGACAAUUAUUUACCAGUGAGCACUGCUGUGCGACAGAAAAUGUAAGGGCUUUGCGACCUGCAUGGAUCUAGGUCAGCAGACAUUCAUACUGCUCAUUUAUCCCCACAUCUAUACUGUUUGUUUAUCAGAUUUUCACUUGUUUACGACACACUGUGUAUGUGCCGGCUAAUCUGGACCCAUACUAGUCGCAAAGCCCAUAGGUUAGUUUUCGCACAGCAGUGCUUAAAUGAUAUUUUGUUAAAGUUCAGAGCUGGAUUAGAAUAACUUCCACUCAAGCACUAAUAAAUUUUUGUUUCUAAGAUGUAAAACAGUGGUUGUACACAGUCAUAUUGCACCAGGAAAAGUUUUGCUUAUGUGAGUUCAAAAUGGCAUUUCGCAUUUUUACAACACUCUCAUGUCAGUUUACAAAAUCAUUUGGGUAGUGUAGAAUUGGUUCUUAUAAGCACAGAGAAUGAGCUCAGAUGAGAUAGAAACAAUAAGUAACAAGAUCAGUUAAGUAUUUUAGGGGCCAGUAUUGUCUUAAUGUAAAGUAGAUUUUUAAGUCUGAAACAAGUAACAGAUUCAAAAGAUUUAUUGCUUUGUCACACUGAAUGGCUCAGUCUAACAAUGUAUUAUUGUCUAAGGGUUUUGUACAUUUGAAAUUCAUAAGAUACUCAAGUUGCAGCUUUUAUAUUCUAUAAUUUCUUUAUUUUUUCCAGUCAUUUAAAUUGUGAAUUGGCAAAUCAGUGUUUAGGAACAAUCAUGAUAUUGAAAUGGUUAGGUUAAAUUCGAUAAGAAUUUAGUUUUAAACUGUGUAAUUUUUUUGAUGAUAAGAUUUUUUUCUUAGAGUUCCUUUUCUGUUGAGUUGUAUGACAAACAGCAGUACCUUGUACUUUCUAUCCAAUUAUAGUAAAAUACUUUCUUCUUUAAGUUUGAGAAGAUGAAUGGCAUAAAAUAUCAGUUUUCGAAAUCACCUGCUGCAUAUUUGUGAACAUAAGAGUUUUUUUCUGAUGAAGAAAUCAAGCAUGAGAAAAAUAUCAUUGCUCUUUCACUGCCACAUGAGGAGUUUUACACCUCAACUUAUACUGCUUUAGUCUCUCAUAAUGUAGAAUUUCAUGAUCAAAUCCCUGUCUUCCAAUGAAGCUGCCAAGAAACAAAUUGAUUUUUAAACCUGAUCUGUAUACUGGAUACCAUUCUGUACUGAUUUGUUAAAAGCUUUAUACACUGGAUAAACUGUCUGCUGGAUAUGGUGAACCCUAUAAAGUCUCACUAGAUAAACUGUCCAUGGUAGAAAGUGUCCAUCCAAGUCUCCCUAGAUAAACUGUCCAUGGUAGAAAGUGUCCAUCCAAGUCUCCCCUGAUAGACUGUCCACCCUAUAAAGUGUUCAUCCCCUACUCCCUAGAUAGACUGUCUAUUGAAUAAACUGUACAUCUGUUGAAGUUUCCACUAGAUGAACUGUCCACUGGAUAAAGUGCCCAGCAGGUAACUGUUUGUAAUAUAUACAUCAAACAGAUGAAAGUGGAUUCUUGCUGCAAACUUCAGUGAUAUCAAUAUUGGGUAGAAAUGACUUCCAUAUAUGUUGGGUAGAAAUGACUUCCAAAUAGUCAGUGUACAGCUUUAGCAAGAGGAUAAAUUUAAGGAACUAGAUUCUGAUGUUUAUGCUUCUAUUAUUUGAUGAACUAAAAACGGUUCAGUGUGACCUGUAAGUCUUGCAUCUGUUCUCUGUCGUCCACAGCUUUACUGAUAACACUCUAACACAAUUUUAGGUCAGUCCUAAUUAAAUUUGGUCUGAAAAUUUGUCAUAAUAAAAUCUUGGAUGAGUUCAAAACUGAGUCAUGUGAUGUAAAAAUAUAUCACUAUGUCAGAUAAUAGAAAAAUCUUGUUGAUACUCCAAGAUGACAUUUCUACUCUGUAAACAUGAAAAACUGGGUCAUUUCGGGUUAAAAAUGAGGGCACUAGGUCAGAUCAUAGUAAAACCUUGUUAACUGAAGAGACCACACUUAAGGUGCAGUCUACAAAAUGGUUGUCUGUAUGACAUCUAUGUCAAGUUCAAAAUUUGGUCCUCUAGAUCAUUAGAUCAAGUGUAGAAGAAUACUUUUAACUUUGUAGAGGCCAUAUUUUCUAUCUUAUCCUUGUAAAACUUUUUCAGAAUGUUUGACUCUACAAUAUUUAGGUCAAGUUCAAAACUGAGUCAUCUUGUGUCAGAAAUUAAGUCACUUGGUCACUUGAACGGAUUGCUAUAAAGAGCAAUGUUAAUUAGUGUCUUUGGGCAAUCAUAACCUUCUUGUAUUAAUAUUCAGAAAAUAUAUAUAUAUCACACAAAAACACAGUCAUAUAGACUUCAUACUGGUUAGAUGUUUGUUAUGUGUAAACAGGCCUUUUAAAGGGCCUGCUUUUCUCUACUUUUUUUUCUAGAAAUAUUCAUACAGUUUCAGCUUAGUUGAAAUAACUUUGUAGGUUGAAUAAGGCUCUUAAUGUCUCCUUGUCCAUUCUGCCCAGACAAGAUUUUAAUAGAUCAACAAGUUUAUUUAGAGUUGAGUUUUAUGAUAAGGAUAGAGUUUUAUGCAGACAUUUGAGACGCGCCAUGAGAAAACCAACAUAGUGCAUUUGUGACCAGCAUGGAUCCAGACCAGCCUGCGCAUCCACGCAGUCUGGUCAGGAUCCAUGCUGUUCGCUUUCAAAGUCUAUUGCAUUAAGAGAAACCGUUAGCGAACAGCAUGGAUCCUGACCAGACUGCGCAGAAGCGCAGACUGGUCUGGAUCUAUGCUGGUUGCAAAUGCACUAUGUUGGUUUUCUCAUGGUGCAGCACAUUUAUUAUUAACUUUGACUUUUUGCUGGAUCACUUAUAUUUGGUAUGCACACAUUUUUCUGGAUAGAAUGUAAUAUGAUAAUGACAUUAGUAUUUGGAUUUCUCUUUCCUUUUCUAUUUCAGAAAGAGCUACUUUUAGAUAAUAUUUUUGUUCUGAUUAUAGUGAUACAUAUACAAGAAAAAAGAUCUGAUUUAAUCAGAGUGAAAGGCUAUGUUAGAUUGUUUUAUGACAUUAUACUGUAUACACAGUACCUGUACAAUAUUGUUAUUUAAUGCCUUUCUUACACUGACAGUUUAAUUUCUAUUAAUUUUCAAGAUUUUGACCGAAAUAUGUACAAUGAUUCUUUUUCUACUUAUAUUGUGGGAAAUUGAGUUUGAAGUUGUUAGGUCAGAGGUCAAGGUCACAGCGACUCAAAGUACGAAAGCCUUUUCUGCUCAAUAUCUUAAAAAUGAUGACCUAGAAACCUUUAACUUGACAGGUAUAAUGCAUAUGUGCAGCUUAUAACCUCUAUUGAUUUAUAGGACUGGUCAUGAUUAAGGCCACAGUGACUAUAAGUACAAAUCGAGGGCUCAGAGCGAAACUAGUCUAAGUGUAUAUAGAAAUAGAAGCAGAUAGACUAGUUUCGCUCUGAGCCCUCGAAAUACAGUUUCCACUCAAUAUUUCAAGAAUGACUUGAUCAACAACUCGCAAAGUUGAGUCACACAGUUAUCAUGGGAAGUCAACAACCUCUUAAUACAUUUGAACAAAAUGAGCAGUCACCAUGGACUCUUUUGAUUUUAUCAUCAUUAAGUUAAAGGUCAUGGUCGCUUUAUGGGAAGUGAUCACAUUAACCCUUAGCCUGCUGCAGGCGAAUUUAACAGCCUUUGCAAACAGCUUGGAACCAGAUCACACGCCGAUUAAAUCGGCGUCUGAUCAGGUUCCAAGCUGUUUGCCUCUCUGACAAUAUUUUUUCCAAUUUUGGAGCAAAUUGAAUGAACUUUACAAUUUUAGCAGACGACAUUUCCAGCAGACGACAAUUUAUCUAGCAUGCUAAAGGUUAAUGUAUUAUCAUUAAUUUAUAUUAUGAUGCUCAUUCUCCAUACAUCUGUUUGCAAUUUUGUUUCCACUCAAUAACUUCAGAAUUGUUUGACCUAUGAUUCUAAAACUUAGUAAGCAUGUUGCUUUGGGUAUAUUUUCUGUUGUUUACAAUUAAUAAUGUGAUAGUUUAAGAUAAUUUUCAGCAGCUAAAAAGGUUUAGCUAAGAAUGCCAAACUUCAGUUAUUUUGAACAGUAUUGAACUAGCCAGUUAAGGAUAAGGUCUAACUUUCAUAAUAUAAAAAAUUGAUCGCAAAUAUCUGAUGUGAUGGAUCAAGCAUUAAAGUGUGUAAUUCUUAUAUUCAGAGACCUGUAUUUGAGAUUCUUUACUGAACUUAUCUAUAUUCUAAUGUACAGAUCCUUUUUAGAAAUUUCACUACACAGGUAAAUUUCUCAUAGGUAUUCACAUACUCCUCUUUCAGCUAAAAUAUAAUCAUGGUGAAGAUCAUGUAUUACCUUUGCAAAAGACACAUGUUUUUGCUUUAGGGUUUUUAUUACAUGAACUUGAGAGGUAGCUCAUAUUGAAAUAGCCAAUGUUUUACAUUAUUUAUCUAUUCUUAACUCUUGUUGUAGAAACAUCAAAAAUUGAAUUGCAAGGAACAUAAUAUAACUCUUCUUGCAUGUAAUUGGUACAGUUAUUGUACAAACUGAGUAUAUUGAUCUGUACAAUAUAUCAUAUUAUGUAGUAAAACAUGUUUUAUCAAGAAAAAUGUAAUUAAGAUUAUGUGUAAUCCCAGAAUAUGAAAUUAAAACCAUUCUGCUUCUAAGCAAGGAUAAAACUUUCACUGAAAAUAUUCCGCGAAGUAGUUUACAUCUAUAAUUUGGUAAAAAUAUAUUUUAACUUAUUUACUACAGAAAAACACUAAACUGUCAAAAUAAUUCAAUUUUAUCAAACAUUCAGAUACCCAGUUUCCCAUUCUUUAUGAAAAUUUAUUUUUCUGAUCAGUGAUCAACACUGGAAUGCAUUGGUUACUCGCUAUUUAUUUUUUAUGUUUUGGAGCAUAUUAUUUAGAAUCAAUAAAUCAAAUAAAGUUGUGGUCAGUUUUAAAUGUUUUCAUUUCUGAUAUAAAAUAAAAGACAGAUAAAUCAUGUCGCCGCUACCAAAGUUAUAAGUGUAUACUUCUGGCAAUCAUAGAAUCUUCUUUUUAUUCCUAAUUACAUAAGGAACUUGUUCAAAUGCUACACAAAAUGGUUCCAUUCAUGAGCACUGCUUAUGAAUUAUCAGCAAUAAAGAAGUCCUAAUUUAAUCUGUCUCCAUCUGCCUCCAUUCACACUGACCAUUUACAUCCUAUAAGAUCUAUCACUGUAAAGGUAUUGCUGCCCAUGGUUACAUCACUGCUUUCCAGCAGCCAUUUAGAUAGUCACGAAGAGUUCAUCUUGGCUUUGAGGCCUAUUUGUAUUUAUAUCUCAUACAUGUAAUUUAAUAGUGUGGCAUUUGCUUUGUUACAAAUCGAGUGUUACAAAUAUAUCAGAAGUAUAUUUAUCAGAAGGGCAAUUUGUAAGUGAGAUAUUCAUGAAGUAAAGGUGGUGAAUGUUAAUAUUUCAAAAUAAAGUUGUUGUUUUUUUAAUUGCAUGCAAACUGUUUGUUGUUUUUUGUUUUAUAAAGUUAAAUUGUACAAGUGACUUGACAUUUUUAAUAGACAAAAUGUAUACAAUGUAUUCAGGUAUUCUAUGUUUCUUUUGCAAAGGUAGUAUACAUGUAUGCUGUUCAUAAUCAUAAUUUAGACAACAUAGGGGAAUGCAAAAGAUUAUGAGACAAUUUUUUACCAAUAUAGUAAAAUUUUGAAACAGACCUGUAGAAGUGGAAAGCCUGUAGCUUGGUUAACCCUUAGCCUGCUGGCGGCUAGUGAUUCUGCCUUUGUGACCAGUGCAGACCAAGAUCAGCCUGCACAUCCGUGCAGUCAAAUCAUGGUCUACACUGUUCGUCAUUCAGUCAGUAUCUUUUUGGUAAGCACCCCUUUUAACAGUUAAUGGUACUUUCCAAAUUGAAAGAUGGACCAGUCCAUUAUAGAAAUUUAGCAAGGUAAGGGUUAAACUACAUAAAGAACAACAUGUCUGGUGUUUUACCUAGAGUAUAUUCGUUGUUUUAUUAGUACAAUGUUAAAUGUUAGAAUCUGCUUUUGAAUUAGCCAAAUAUAGUUAUUUGAAUUACUGUCUUGAGGUAAUAUCCUAUACCAGUAAUUGAUGGUAAUUAGUGCCAAAAGGCAUAAGACAAUAAUGAUUAGAGAGAAUUCUUGUGCCACAACAUUUUUACAUGCAUUUUAAUGUUUUUACCUGUGCAGACACUGCUGGGCAGAAAAAACUUAGCUAAAACUUUUUUCAGGUAGAUCUAUAUUCUUUUUGUUGUGCAAUUUUUUGAAGGGUUAUACAUUGCAAUGAUAGAAAAAUUAUUUCGAGAUUAAACUACAUGGAUUAAUUGUUUGCAGUUUUUGUCUUGAAUUAUUGUUACUUUAUAUUUCCAAAGAUUGUUCCAUAAAUUUAAUACAGUGCAAUGUGUAUAAGUUACUAUUCAUUUUUGCAGACUGUUGUGUAGGAGAUUGGAAAAAAAUAUGAUUUUCAGCACUGCAUACAUUAUGUGGACUAUUUGAUAUUGAUUUACAUACAAAAUCAUUUUGAAACUAUUUAGAACAAAAUCUUUUUGAUAUUUUAUGAAUAUUUUAAUUAUUGUGCAGUUGUACAGUUGGUAUUUCAUAAACAUGUGUUGUUUCCCUUGACUGAUGGGGAAUAUAUAGUUUUUGUCUUAUCCUGCUGUUUGUCUGUCUGUCGGGGAGUUGCAAAAUCUUGUCGACUCUACUCCUCUAUAGCUUAUCUGAUUUUUAUAAAAUUUCACUGCUGUUAUUAGAAUUAAGCUUCCUAUCCUAACAAUUUUUUUCAUCACUACUUCCUCUACACUGUUAUGGGUGCUUCAUUCAAUUGAUCAUUACCAAGCCUAGUUGUGCAUAUUUUACGGGUUUUAGUUUGAUUGUAUUCCACUCAGUCAUGCCCCUCACUCAGUCAUGCCCCUUUGAUUAAAAUUAAAUGCAUGGGGAGACAUAUUUGUUUUGAUCAACCAUCUACUGUAUAAACAUUCGCAUAAAGUUUUUGUAUUUUGAUCACUCAUAAAUAUUUUCACUACUCACAGAUAGCAUCAUAAACAAUUCCUGAUAGCCAUAGAAUUAGAUUCAUCAUUUAUAAUAAUUUCUGCAUGCAGGAGAAAGAUUGGAAAUUGUAAUAAAAUUGCCAAAUUACCUUUUUACCUUUUUAGAUAAUUUUAUAUUCAUGUUCAUAAAUGACAGAACAAAAUCAUUCCUAUAUUUUGAUAUUUCAUUGACAUCUUCAUUCAUAACGAGCCCACAGCUAUAUUGUUACUUUUAGUGUAAAUAGGCAGAUAUACAUACUCUUUUCUUUACUUAUAUUUGUACUGCUGUUUUAAGUGGAAUAUUUUAUAGCAAAAAGGUUGUAAAUGAUGCCUCAUUUCAUUAAGGUAGUUUUGCAUUUUUGAUUAACCUAAAAUGAGGGCAUAAUGUUAUUUAUCAAGAAUACAUAGAUUAAUGCCUGGUAGUUGUUAUUGGUAGCGUCAACAUUUCCAGGGGAAUCUAUUAUCUCCCAUGUAUUACCUGUUCAACAGUCAGUGCUGCUGUCUUUCUUAAUGUAUGUUUUGACAAUAGGUAGAGUUAGAUGUAAAUAUUUGAAAAUAAAAGCCUAAAAUUAGCUGCGGUGUAAGAGCUGGAAUUGCUGUAGGUCAAAUUUGAAAAAUUAAGCACACCGACCACACUGAUGUUAAUAUGCUAUCAUAUGAUUACAAAUAGGUAAAUCCACAACUUUGACAGGUCAUUAAAAUCUGUAUUGUAGGACUUUUUCUAUACAUGAAAAUAUCAUCAAAAGUGCGAUUUUCCCAUAAAAGUCCAAUGUAAAAAUUGACCAGAGGACAAAUAUUUUCAAAUUAGUCUCAGAAAAUAUCAAGCACACAACAUCUUUUUUAUUGGCUCCAUUUUCUUUAGAUACUAUGAUAUGCUUUGAAAAAAAAACUGUUUGAUAAAAUUCUUUAUUGUAUAGAAAUGUUUGCUUCAGACAUGCAGAACUACUUUAAUAGUUUAAUGUUAGACACUAAGAGCAUCUACAGCAUAAUGUCACCUAUAUAUAAAAUUACUUCUGCUGUGUUUGCAUUUGAAACAGAAUUUUAAUAAAAUAUUUUCCAACAAUAUCAAAAUUGAAUAAUUCAGGUAUUUUAUGUCUUAUUUGAAAGGUUUUAUUUCCCAGAGGUAAGCAUUCUUCAAGCAGAAAUAAGUCUGGGUUU